CCCUUGCAUAAGCGGGAAGGGGAGGCCCCGCCCCCGCCGGUCCCGCGCCGCGCGGGGAGAUGCCGUUGGCCGAGGCCGGCACGCUCGGGGCUGAGGAGCCGCUCUCGCCGCUCGCCCGGCAGCGGACGCAGGAGCAGACACCUAAAGACAACCCCAGUAUGAGCUACGUAUCAGAAAAAGCUGAACGAAGAGCAGUUUUUGGAAAACAAGUGAAAGUUCUUCUCACCCCGUUAUCCAUGGAAGAAGAGAAACGCAACAAACGUCUGCCCCAGAAACGCUUACUAGAAAAGUUUUCUAGUACUGAAGGGCCUUCAGAAAGAGAACCAAAAGUCAAAAAAUCCCGCGAUGAUCCCACAAGUCAGCAAAUAAGAGAUGUAUCCUACAAGGCUUCUUCCAGUCCACAAGGAGUAAUCCCCAGUAUGUCUUCACUUCAUCAUAAAAGUAGGAUGGUGUCGCCCACAAACGCCUCGGUUACAGUUGGUCAUGAUUCAGAAAACAAUUGGGAUACAGACAGUGAAGGAAGUAAUUCCGAUGUCUCUUAUGUGGAUGGAUCUUCACAGCUGUCAGCCUAUGAAAGAAAAAGACUAAAGAACAUUACAGAAAAUGCUAAUUUUUUUGCUUCUCUAAAGCUGCUUGAGUCAGCUGCAAGACUUCGCAAAAUGGCAACCAAAGGACAAUCUCAUGGAAUCAAAAGAGUUAAGCCCAAAAAGACAGAAGCUGAGACAGUACGUCGAAGAUCUAUGCGCUUACAAAGAGUAGAUCCAUCAGGAGUUCCAUUGCCAGACAUUCCAGCACAGCCAGAACCAGUAAUUGAUGAAUAUCCUCAGUUGCCACCUGGACCUCUUCCAAUGGUACCUACAAAUCAGAAUAAGAGCAGUGAAUUAACGGAUGGGUUUCUGGAUACAUGGACAAAGAUAAGUCAGAUAAACCCUAAUGAUACUGAAAAACACAUAUGUAACUUAGAAAGAUACAAAGCCAGUCUGAGUCAUAUGAUCCUGAGUGAAGAUGCUGUUACAAAAGUUGUCAAAAAUAGAAUAUUUUCUGUGGCUAUCCAUCCUUCUGAAAGCAGGACCUUGGUGGCAGCUGGAGACAAGUCUGGACAGAUUGGUCUUUGGGAUUUGAACUCUAAAUCUGAAGAUGGAGUAUAUGUCUUUAUACCACAUAGUCAACCAGUAAGCUGCAUGUAUUUUUCUCCAUUUAAUCCUGUUCAUUUGCUAUCCCUGAGCCAUGAUGGAACAGUACGAUGUGGAGAUGUUACCAGAGCUAUCUUUGAAGAGGUGUACAGAAGUGAAGAAAAACGCUUUUCUUCCUUUGACUUCUUGGCAAACAAUGCCUCCACGUUGGUGGUAGGACAGUGGGAUGGUGACGUGGCUAUUGUGGACAGACGGACACCAGGAACUUCUUCUGAACUUACUGCAAACAUUAAUUCAAAGACAACAAGAACUGUCCAUGUUCAUCCAGUGAACAGACAGUAUUUCAUUGCUGCUGGUGCAGUGAAUGUCUGUAUUUUUGAUACACGAUACCUGAAGCCUAAUGAAAACAAGCCCAUAAGCUUUCUCAGUGGACACACAAAGAGUGUUGCUUCUGCAUAUUUCUCACCUAUUACUGGUAACAGAGUGGUAACAACGUGUGCUGAUGAUAUGUUGAGAGUCUAUGAUACCAGCUCUUUAUCAUCUACGGUUCCUGUUCUCACUGCUGUCAGACAUAACAAUAACACAGGACGCUGGUUAACUAGGUUCAGAGCAAUAUGGGACCCUAAACAGGAAGACUGUUUUGUGGUUGGCAGUAUGGCACGCCCAAGGCAAAUAGAAAUCUUCCAGGAUACUGGUGAACAGUUACACUCUUUUUAUAAUGUAGAUUACCUUGGCUCUGUUUGUUCCAUCAAUGCUGUGCACCCUACAAAGAAUAUCUUAGUGGGUGGUAACUCCAGUGGUCGUCUCCACGUUUUCAAGGAUUGAAAAAGUUGCUGAAUUUUUUUCCUACAUAAAGUAUGUUUGUUUCUCAGGACAAAAAUAUGCAUUACAAGGUUUUAAAUUACAUUUUAUUAAUUUGGAAGCAUUCUGUUUUCUUUUUUUAAUAAGUUACAAAUAUUAAAUCUGUAGCAAUCCUACUACCCCAACCUAUGGUGAGUUGUGUGUAUCCAGGUAUGGGAGAAGCAGCAUUCAUAAUAAAAAGUCAUAUUUCCUAAAGCCAUUUUAAGUAUGACCUUUUAACAAAUAUUUAUCAUGUAUAGUUCUAACAUUAGACCUUUUCUAGAUUGGGCCUCAACUUGCUUUUUAGAUGUAAUACAUCAUGAUUGUGGCUUUCCUGAAAUUUACCUUAAGCUUACUAUACAACGUAGUCUGUUUUCAGUAAAACAUAUCCGUUUAGUAAAAUGUCUGACAUUGUGCCAUGAAAUUUUACUCCCAGAAUUGUUUAAUAUUGGUGUGUGUAAAUGAAUGUUGUCAGGUGCACUGAGAAUUGCGUAAAGACAACGAUAAUAAAUAGCAAUACAUUGAGUUGAUCAGUUGUUUUGAGAUGCUGCAUUAGGUGGGAACUGUAAUUUUAUUUAACGUCUUCACUGAUACUUGGAAAUGAAAGUAAACAGCACUUUGAUGAAAUUUCACAGAUAAUAUUGGGAGAUGUAGAGCUGGGGGUCAUUGUGUGGGUUCAUUAUUAUGGUAGCACCUUCAAACUCGUCUCUGGGAUUAAGGUCCCGUUGCUGGAAGCACUGUGGAUAUGUAACAAAGACAACAGUCCCUGCCCCAAAAAGAUCACAUUCUAUACGUAGGCUAGGACACAAGUGGUCUAAAUACAGAGAGGAUGGGGUGAGUUGAGAGGAUGAGGUAACAAUAAAAUAAACAGGGUUUUGCAGAAAAGCACAAAUCACACAUUGUUGCUUGCCUAAUGGUUUCAUUGUAAAGCUGACAAUAGUUAAGGUUGCAGCAGGAUAUUCCCUCUUUAAGGUGGCUAAGCUGUUGAAUAAUACAGUGGAAAGGAUUGAGCCUUGCCCUUCUGCAGUUGAGGGAUUUGGAUGUGGGAGAACAACUGACCAUAAAGACUCUGAGUUCAGUCUGAGUGGAAAGACCUGAGCCAUUCAGGAUAUUUCCAUGCUCCUCUGCAGCUGUUUGGAGGCAUGGUAGGUGUAUAUGGUGGUGAAUAGUACCAAAUGCCACAGAGAAGUCCAGGAGGAAGUCCACAUAACUAUGAAUACCAAAUGGUCUUCUACCAGAUCAACAAGUCUGGCCUGACUGAGAAGGAACGACUAUACUGACUGCUGACAAGUGACACUGGAGUCAGUUUUUGCUAGCUUCUUGAUUUUUAGCUUGUGUAGGAAAGAUCUGUAGUUGUGAUCCUCCAGUGUCACAAAGUAGUUUCUUUUAGUAUUGGUUGUAGUAUUGCAUCUUUUCGUAUGGAUGCUAGAUCAUCAUCGCUGCCUUGACAGGAGCAGUCCCUUUUAGGAAGGGGCUGCAGAUGUUUCACUCUUUCUCCCUUAGCAUCUGGCAAGGGGUCAGAGUUGCAGGUGGUGGCACUGACUGUUCUGUGUUUCCAUGACGCUCUUGUGUGAAUGGGCUCAAACUUUGGAAAGAGGGCAUUGUGUUUCUGGUCCUGCUUUCAGCUUGUUCUUGAUGGCUCAAGGCUAUCCCAGAUGUGGAUGAUUUUUUUUUUUUUUUCUGAGAAGUAAGAUAAUUCUUGGCAACAGGAGAUAAUGAGUUACUGGGCCAAGGGGAGAUGGUCUGCAUCAAACCUCUUGCCUGAGGCAGGUUCAGCCUCACUGCCCCAUAUUCUCAGACUGUGUUUUGCAGGAUAGGACCACUAAAACCUCUUUGCAUAGACACCCCUACUCUGUGGGCCACUGCUCGCUGCCCGCCUCUCCUUUCCUUCAACGGCACAAAGAGGUCUGGAAAGGAAGGAGUGGAGCAGCCUGGGCGCAGAGGAAUCAAAGUGGCCACAGGCCUCUCGGCUCAUGAGACGCUGUGGCUGAAGGAGUUUAGAGCUGGGUGGACACUUGCAUUCUCCCUGCUUGACCCGCUUUCACUUUCACUGAUGUGUGAGCGGGUGCUGAAUGAGCUCUCCCCUGACAGCUAAUGGUGAUCUGGGGGGAAAGACCUCAGAGCCGCCUCUCUGCAGAGACACACCUAUUCCGCCCAGGGGAUCAGCAGACAGACCUUCAUUGCUGAAGUGAUUGAUUUUGGCUGUUUUGGGUUAAAAUUCACUGUACUCAUACAAUAAGGAUAACAUUUCAUUACCACUGCAUUCAAUAUUAAAGACAGCAGGACUAUACUUAGUGAGCCCUGGGGGGGGGGGCGGGGGUGGUGGUCACCCUAACUUUAACCUAUCUCAUUGUCAGGAGUAGUGAUGCCAAAUGUAAGAGUCAGAGGGGGUAUUUAAACAGGUCCACACAACCAGGCUUAAAGGUGCCAGAAGCCAUUUGAUCCUCCCCCGUCACUGUUUUAAGACAGCUGACUAGACGCAUUGUAGAGGCCUGGCUCCUUCUCAGUGAUAUGCUGGCCUACAGGCGCUAACCUUAGCCCUGGCACAGAGACAGCGCAGAAGAGAUGGCAGCAGAGGUUCCCGGCUAUCCUGUGAAAUCACUGAAGAGCUGAGAUCACUGAGAACUGGAUGAACCCAAGAACACCGCUGCCACCAUUACUGCUGCAUCUCUGAUGCUGGGGAGCCAUGGCAGAGAAACUGGCAGGCCACCACCCCCAUCCCUCAGGAGCAAGAGGUGAACCCCCCCAGACAUGUCCCUCAGACAACACAAUGAGUUGAAGUCCAAGGGAUGAAAGUCUCUACCAUGCCCUUCUUCUGGAAACCAACAGCACAAGGUGGGACUCAGAUAACAUGGACACUGCCCAAGAUACUAUGGGGUGGGUGUUUUACUUCUUGGUGGUGUACUUUCAAAUCCUGGUUGCAGGGUUUUCCCAAAUUAAUGCUGUUUUCAUCUUUAAUAAAAGUUUUCUUGUAUUCU